UAAUCCACCGGUUGUUUCAGUAGAAAGAGUUAGUGUAGGAUCCAGAAUGGCCGGGUGGGGGCGUUAGGCUUAAAAGUUAGGGUUAGGGAUAGAGGAGAGGCCGAGAAAACCGUAUAAAAAUGAGUUCCUCUCUGAAUACGCGGGGCGUUGAAGAGGCACCUGGCGGCUGCGACGGAGACGACUUGUUGACGAGUCGCAGUCAAUCAUGUGUUGAUGUUGGUCAGAAUAGAUUCAAUCAAAUGGAAAACUUGUCGACUAGAAGUUCGUUUUCCCCAAGGAUCAUGACGAGUCACGAGCAGCUGGUUAACGACGUUGACAAAGCAUUUCAAGAGGUCUUCUCUCUUCCUCCGCUUGACGAGGGAAUGAUAGAUAAAAUCACAGCAGCGAGCGACAUUGAAGGUGAAUGCAGAGACCUGUGGCCUGGAAUAGUACAACUCUUCACGCCUUCGGCUCAUCGAAUUAUAGCAUUCGUGAGAAGGAUAGUCGGGUUUUCAGAGCUGAACGCUACCGAUCAAAUAGUUCUCCUUCGAAGCUGCGUGAUGGACAUUUUAUUCUUCAGGAUGGGAAGCAAAUACGACGCUUUGAGCAGCUCACUUCCGAUGAGGAAUGGGAAUCGCGUCCAUAGGAAGCAGGCCAUAACUUUAUACUCGGGAGGGUUAUGGCGCUAUCUGGAACCGCUGUUCAACACGGCCGAGGCAGUAUCCAACCUGGGCCUGUCAGUCACAGAGGCCGCUUUAGCGAUUGCCGUCAUUGCAGUGGAAACUGAUCGUAUUGGUUUGACUGACGUGGAAUCUGUGCAUUCAUUGCAACGCAGGCUUAAAGAAGCGGCUGAACAUCACGUGGCGAGAACAAACCCCGAACAAGGAAGGUGGUCGAGAAUCCUGACUGAGCUAGCAUCCAUUCGUAUUGUCAGCCACCAAAACUCCCGAUGGUUACUGAGUCGACGGACGCUACGAUGUGUCUGUCAGCUGUCAAUUCAGAUACUGGAGGAUGCUUACUGAAUACACCAUUUGUGCUCCAUGCAAGUACAAAAGUAUGUUUUUGAGGAGACUUAUCUAAGAGUAGAUUUUAGCUAUCUGCUAAUAAUUUCUGUUUUAGGACACUUUUAAUUUUGUUCUGUUGUUAAAUCGUUGUAGAUACUUUUGUCUUGUUUUAGUUGACUAUGUGGUGUAGUCAUAAUAAUUUUACUUAACCUUAAUGGUAAUUAGGCAAACAUUAGUCACCUAAUUUAAAGAAUAUGGCCGACUAUCACGUACACGUCUUAGCUAAGAACAAAAAUUGUGUAUAAAAAUGAGUAUCGGGUCUGUUAAGUACAAUUCUAGCCUUUUGUAAGUCCUAAGGCAAUUAGGGAAGGUGUAAAGUAUAGGUAAAGUAUAGGUCAGGUAAGAUGUAAGAGCAUUGUGAUUUAAUUUUCUAGGGACAUCUGGCUGUUGUAGUUUCCUUUAUAAGCUUUCCUUUUCGUUAAAAGGAAUUUACAGCUUCAACAGCUACUCUUGAGAAUAAAAAAAAAAAAAUAGAAAAAA